AUGCCAAUUAUCGGCGAGUUGGUCUAUCCAAACAUCUACGCUACGAUACAUCUACGCCCCGGAUUUCGACCUGUCCGGUUUCAUUGGACCAUCUUCAUUCCACAACCCAACGAGGGAUCGCAGCAAGGUUCUUCAAGAGGCGUCAAGUACCACGUAAUCGAUUUGUCCCGAGAACCGUUUUGGGCUUACGAAGUUGACUGGAAUUUCAAUCUUCGGGAUUGUCUGUCGGUUGGAGCCGCGGUAGUCAUCGGAAAGCUUAGGCGUCCCUGGGGAACGAGGGAGAUACACGAACUGUUGUCAACUCAGGUUCCCCUCAAUGUCAUUCCAGCAAGAGAUAUAGGAAGAGAGCCAAGAUUUUCCUGCCGUGUGUGGGUCAAGGAAGCUAUCAGGGUGCUUGACUGGCAUGGAGUAUUACAAUGUGAUGAUGUGGACGAACUAGAAUACGAAAUAAAGGCCUUCGGGGAGCGUGUGGUUACGUUCGCAGAACACGGUGUCUUUCGGGGUGCUGAAGUUUACUAUUCGCAAUUCAGCAGAUAG